AACACGAGGAAAGGAGGCGUGGAAAGGAAUCAAGGACGUUCUAACUGAGAAAUGAAUGGAAUCAUGGGACACUUGGACAGGGGCCUCCAAUAAACCUGAUGGUGACCUCUGCAGGGCCCCAGUCUGAGAGCCACGGCUCAUUUUCACAACUUACGUCUGUGGCUGAAGGUUGUUCUUUAUGGGGUUUGAAAGAGAAAUGUAAAAAACAUUAUGUAUUCCCAGUUUAAAAAACUAAAGUCACAAAUAAAUGUUACUGAAGGAAAGAUGGACAUACAACGUGCAGUGGUGGUUUGUGACCACUUGGAGGCGCUACUAUUCAAGGCCAUCAGUAUCAUAGCCACGUCUGGAACCACCACACAUUUGGGCUCAGAUCAGAAAAUGAUCUAAAAAAUAAAAAUAAAUAAAGGCUUCAGGAGCAGUUUGGGCUCCUGCUUUCACCGCCAGCAACACGAAUCUGACACGUUUCAGAAGCGAGAUGAAGGCGGAUUGUAUUUCUUGUCCUGACACUCCGCUCGCACUGAGUGAGGGGGAUUCAGCUCCCGCACCUCAGUUACAUAAGGACCAACCGAUCUUCAAAGUUCAGAGAGAAAACACUUCACCAUGCUGUGUGUUUUCCUUUAAAACGGAGCUGAGGCUGAGCUGCUGGAACAUAAAGCGCCUCACUUUUUCUUGCAUGGAUUAUUUGUAUAAUCGUAGCAAUUUUCUUAGAUGGCCGGCGGCGGCCGACUCUUUCACACCGUCAUUUAUCCUCCAUUCAUGUUCAAUGUAAUCUCACUCUUUGUGUGUGUGUGUGUGUGUGUGCGGAGGGAGAAAUGCUUAAUCACACAUGACGAUGACAAAAUACAUUUGAAAUCGACAGAACAUUUCUUUAUUCUGCGCAAUUACGCACGAGCAUCCAUGGACACAGCUUGUCCUUGCCAACAUAUUCUCAACCGAAAGGACUCCGGAAAGGUCCUGCAGGGUUUUUCCUCCCGUGCAGCUUAAGCUGAAAUGUUUAGAUGCGAAGUAUCCCUCAGCCUAUAGGCUCUCCAACAUGUCUUCCGACGUCACACGUCUACUUUUGUGAUACGAAUAAGCGCGCACUCCGGUUUAUAAGUUUCAGUCUCUCUGCACAUCAGGCUGAAAAGCGGGAUGGUAGCCAAGGUGGCCACAGACAGCAGGAAAUAGUAUUUUAUAGGUCAUGUAUUUUGGGAAUAUGCCCGCGGCGCGCCACGUGCGUAAUGACGAGCGUGUCUGUAAAUAGAAGAAUUUAUGAAGGCUAAGAGAGUAUGUCAGAGUAAUUUAGCCUGAGGGGGCUGAGGAGAGGAAUUACUCAUUUCUCACACUAACAUCUGCACCUCUGUGCGCGUCUGUGUCACCGCCGGACGGGUGUCCAAGUCCAUGGAUAAAAAGGAACACAAGGCAGCAGAAUGGUUGUUGUGGGAACGAGUAACGGAACGUUCGGUGCUGGCAACAUGAGGUCGUCGUUCAUGAUCGAGGACAGAGUCGGUGGUGAAGAUCCCGGGGGCUCCACCAACAUGAUGAUCUCGGAGGCUCUUGCGCCCCGGCUGCUGAUGAUUGCGCAGGGCGCCGCAGAGGCUGCAGCAGCGGCAGCAGCGACGUCUCCGUCCACCUCCAGUCAGCCGCAGGUCAUGGAGACGAACGGGACCCGGUGCGGCGAGCAGAUCCUGAGCUACGGUCGCGUGGAGAAAGUGCUGAUCGGCGGGGUGCUCACGAUGCUCACGCUGUCCACCAUCUGCGGGAACUUGCUGGUGGUCAUCUCCGUGUGUUUCGUCAAGAAGCUGCGCCAGCCGUCCAACUACUUGAUCGUUUCUCUGGCCAUGGCCGACCUGUCAGUGGCUCUGGCCGUGAUGCCGUUCGUCAGCAUCACGGACCUGAUCGGUGGUCAGUGGAUAUUCGGACAGUUCUUCUGCAACGUUUUCAUCGCCAUGGAUGUGAUGUGCUGCACCGCAUCCAUCAUGUCUCUGUGCGUAAUCAGCAUUGACAGGUAUCUGGGGAUCACUAAACCCCUGACGUAUCCUGUCCGGCAAAAUGGCUGGUGCAUGGCCAAGAUGAUCCUGUCAGUGUGGCUCCUCUCGGCCUCCAUCACCCUCCCCCCGCUGUUCGGCUGGGCGCAGAACGUCAACGACGGCAGAGUCUGCCUCAUCAGUCAGGACUUCGGCUACACCGUCUACUCCACAGCUGUGGCGUUCUACAUCCCCAUGUCAGUGAUGCUGAUCAUGUACUACAGGAUCUACCGGGCGGCCAAACUCAGUGCUGCCAAACACACCAUCACCGGCUUCCCCAGGGAAGGGGAGCACAGUGCAGGGGCGGCUCCCCGGGGGGGAAGAGGAGGGCAUGACGCUAAGAAGCCAGCGGUAUCGGAAGAAACGGGAAGCGUUGAAGGGACAGAGGCUGAGCAUGAGGAGGCUGAGGAAGAGGAGGAGGAGGAGAGCUUGGACUGCGUGGCGGCUGCGCUGAAGCUCCAGCGUGAGGUGGAGGAGGAGUGCAGCACACGUGUCUCUCGCCUCCUCAAGACUGGUGAACACCACCAGCGACGGAAAAGGAAAAAUCAGUCCAUCUUCAAACGAGAGCAGAAGGCUGCGGCCACUCUGGGCAUCGUGGUCGGCGCCUUCACCUUCUGCUGGCUGCCGUUCUUCUUGGUGUCCACUGCCAGGCCGUUUGUCUGCGGCGUGGAGUGCAGCUGCGUGCCGCUCUGGCUGGAGAGAACUCUGCUGUGGCUCGGGUACGCCAACUCCCUCAUUAAUCCCUUCAUUUAUGCAUUUUUCAACCGCGACCUGAGGACCACCUACAGCAACCUCCUGCGCUGCCGCUACAGGAACAUCAACAGGAAGCUGUCGGCGGCUGGCAUGCACGAGGCUCUGAAACUAGUGGAGAAGCCAGAUACUGACGCGUAAGGCUGUAGGUCAUCAGCGACACUGCAGAGAUCAGCGGAAACAAUUGCCAGGGAAGGCAGCCAGUGAAGCUGUGGCACAAGGCCACCACACCGCCAGACUGCUUAUUUCCACAAAUUUGUAUGGUGGUAACUGAGAUGAGAUGAAGAUGCGCAGACGAGGAUCGAAGUAAAAUUUAACUCACAGAAAUGGCUGUGAUUACUGAACUGUUUUGCCUCCGUUGUCCAACAAUUGUAAAUGAAUUCAGGAUGGUUUGUUAUCCUGCUGAACAGUCUUUUGCACAUUAUAUCGUCACAGAAGUCAGUGGAGCUACACACUGGCUUUGAACUGGGCUGCCACCGCCGAUGGAAACUCGGUAGCCAGAGAAUUUUCAGUUUGAGCCAAGGAAAAGACGCCCUAGCAAACAAAAGUGGAGUUCUGGGAGCUCACCUGGCCCUUGAAGCUAGAACACCAAACGUCCCUGGUUAUCAUGACGACACUGUUUUUCACCGCUUCUAAGAGUUGAGUUUGUGUCAGCAGACGAGCGUAAGAACAAGUUAAACUCAACAAAACUCAACUGACAUGUAAAAUCUGUACACAAGUCAAUAAUCACAUUGUUUCACAGUGGCUUGAGGUCAAAUGGUUUCUUGUGAAGAUCAGUUGUACUUGAAAUGAGUUUUUAUCUUGUGCUUCUUCUUCUUUUUCAGGCGGUCAGCAUCAUUAUGUUUUUGAAUGUGCCAAAACGUUCUCUUUGUUAAUCUGCUGAAGUCAUGACCACUGCGACUUAUUUAUUGGUCAGUGUGUUCUGAAAUCAGGCUGCUCACUUAUAAACAGACAAGCAUUUUUGGAUGAAGAAGAUGAAGAAGAGCACUUAUCUCGAAGGUGCCGAUGCCUCUUCCUCACUUCUCAAGGGUUUGGCUGCAGCACAUAAGAGUCUCUUUCCAAACUACGCACCUUGCGUGUCAGAUUUGUCACGGUGUGUGAUGGUCCCGCCGGUCCCCCCGGUCCCCUCAGUCUCCCGGCUUUUCACGGUGAUCACGGCUCAGUCACAAAAUAGCUUGUGAAACAGGGAAGCUGAUGGAGGAGUGGAUCUCAGUUAAAGCUCCGAUGCCCUACUUUUCUUCCACAUUUUUACACUCGGUGCCAGCAUCCCAAUCCAGGAAUUUUUCUUUGACUUAUAAUCAGUUUAACAAUUGCUGACAAUCUAAAAGUGUCAGGAUUUAUUAUAUAAAGACCCAUCAAUUUCUCACAUCUAAAAUUGAUGUCUUCAAAUUAAUUACAUCAUCUGACCAACAGACUCAAAGAUUUAGAGGAUUUAGAAGCUGGUACCUGCACAAUUUGAACAUUUUUGUUGCAUAAAUGACCUUAAUAUAACACAUUCACACCUUAAUAUAACAUUAAAUAUUUAGGAGAAUUUAGUUAUUUUUUAAGAAACACAAAAACGUAAGCCGAGCUGCUUUAUCAGGACUGUGUCUGUCAGCUGCUUGCUCUGCUACUGUCAUUUCACAGUAGACUCAAAUGUUGCCAAACUCUGAUUGGUGCACGGCCACAUGUGACAUCAUCAUUUUCCAGCAGCGCCUCACACACUUCGAACCAGCGAGAAAAUAAAAGAUAUCAGCUGUAGAGAUGUGAUGUAGGGCCUAUUUUCUUUAUGUAUCACCACGCAGAACGACGUGUGCAUCUCCUCUUGGACGAGAGGUUCAUGCUUGUGACCUGAAUGACGUCCUCCUCGGCUGAACUGUAACGUUAGCUAGCCUGUGGUCCAUGAGAGCACGUUUCCUUCUGGGUGGUGAUACAGAAGGAAAAUAUGUACAUGAAACUGCUCACAACGAGGUCUGCGGAUUACCCUGAGAAACUGGGUCAUGAUUUCUGGUGCUUUGAGCGGCACAAGCGAAGUGUCAUCUUGUUCCAUGAUACUGGAGAAAAGGCACACAACUCUACUGCUGAUGUGUCCGAAACAGAAAGAAUAUGUAGUUUUGUAGUGAACUGUCCCUUUAGUGACAUGCAUAUGAAGGUGUCAAACACUUAGGAGCAAGUUGAUCCCAGACACUAAUUACACAGACACAAUCUCCCAGCAGGGAGGCUGAUCUGGAUGUAUGAGUGCAGAUGAGAGCAGGUAUUAAAGCACAGCAUUCGCACAACAUAUUUACAUAUUAAAAUUCAAAUGAUUUUUCUGUUAAUGCUGCAUCCUGACAGCAGCAACGUGCGUCAUGUCGUAUUUCUGCAGCUUUCAUUUCUAAUGUGGUGCGUUUCACGUGUACAGAGAUUAGCAGCAAAGAGGUGUUUGGUUCUUAUUUUGUGUUCUUAGUACUUCAGCAUAUAAAGCAGACUUUCCACCACCCCAGCAGUGGUGGAUGUGCUGCUGAAAACAUAUUCUCAUUAACUUGAAUUUGUGCUGCCACUGAGUGAGAAUGAGCAACAAAAAAGGGCAGUUAGUUACUUUGAGAAAAAUCCCUUUUUAUCGAGCAAGCGUGAACACUGUAAUUGCCGCCUCUAAUCAUUAAUUAAAGCUGCUCUGUGCAGAAAGUUUUUGAAUACAAAAAACAUCCAACCCCUGAGCCUUAAUCUGCAACAGAAACUCACCCACUGUGUCACAAUGAAAGGCUGCAGAGCAAAAUCCAAACCGUCUGGUAAACAACGCGAAAGUUCCUCCACAGAAAAACAGGACUCACAAACUCUGGUGCUUACUUUUUACACUCUUUCAGGCAACCCAACAGCCAGCAUGAAUGUUGGCACUCAGCGGUUCAGUUUUCAGUUGUGCUUAAGGUCCGGUUAGGUUUAGGCACAGAACCCGUUCGAUUGGUCCUGUUUUGGCACCACAAACGGGUGGAAAAUGUCUCCAUUUUGAUUCCAGCUGCUGACCUUAGUUGCCUGUUGUGCCCCCCUUCCUUCCUCCCAUGUUUCUUGUCUGCCUUUACUCUCUGUUUGUCAAUUAAAUCUCACAGAAAUCUUAAAAAAAAUACCUGCUUUUCAGCUGGAAAAUUUCCCAGUUUUCUUUCGCUUGGGUCGUCUUGUUUUCACACCACCGUCUCCUCCUCCUGAGGAAAAGUCAGCUCACAUCCCUGGAACAAAAACACAUUAAUAUACAUAAUACAGAUAUGUCCGUAUCCUAUGUAUGAAACUUAAUGUAUCGUGAGCGCCAACAUUUAAUCCUUACGACCGGGCUGGAGCAGGUGGGGAGAUGUGAUGGUGCAGGAUGCUGUGGGAACAGAAGUUAUUUAUGAAUUGGCCUGAUGCAACCCAGGCUGAAAUGCUGAAUAAAUUAAUACAUGAUUUACCAUCACAGUUGUGCACAGUUCCACCUUUAGGAGUUAAUUUGCUUUUGAGGCUGUGAGCAGGAAAGGUCGAGAAGCACUGGGCUGUCGCCGGGCCCGGUGGGCUCGGUGCCGUCGUGGCACCGCUCCACUUCCUGUCACAGAUUAUGUGCCAGUGGAUAUGAGCAGGGGCAAAUGUUUCCAAAAGAGCAUCCAAAGCAGAGUACAUCCAGACCCUCUGAGGAGCUCUGAGGAAGUUGUUCUUCACCUUUUGACAAUAACUUUUUGGUGCACAGAAAAUUUGUUCCCAUACAAACGGUUUUCAUGUGCUGGUAUUGGCUAGGCUGAGCCACAGAAGAGAAGUUCACCUGUGACACUCAGUGGCCUCAGUCAGGCUGGCGAGUGUAACCGAAUGGGUUGAGUUAAAAAGUGUCUUCUUCUUCUUCUUCUCUUUCCUGGGUGAGCAGCCCAUUAAACACCAAUCAAAUGUGUUCCCUUCACUGAGACUGAAGCGAGCAAACACCCAGAGUCAAACCGGUUCGGUGGCAGUGACGGAUGUGCCCCCACCUGCCUGUUAAAACAUCCCAGCUGCACUCCCAAACGUUAUGAAUUUGCACAAGCUUUUACUUUGCAGUGUGGUGGAGAAUCGACUGACCAUUUUAACCAUUUGAUGUCUGCCUUUUCUCACUCAAACUGGCUACCGGUACAAUCAAAGAUGUUUUGAGAUGAUUAACAAGGCAGAAAAUAGAAAAAAAGCUGCUGCUACACAUUUUUUACAUUUCUUAUAAAUUUUGCUUGUUUCUUGUAUAUAACUGUGAAUUGUGAGAACCUCUAAAGGGUCGAAAGGCUGGAACACGGACAUCCUGUCCAGCCCGUGGAGAUCUGCGUCGAUGGCAGCUAACAAGACGCCAACCAAAGAUCAAAGAUCAAAGAUCAAAUCGUACGACAAAGACACAGACCUGAUGGUGAAAGGCUUGGUUCCAGGAUAUGCUUGGGACACUCAGGCCUGAACUGCUCUCUCUGAGAACGAUUUUAAAGGCUAAUGGACGAUAAGGGACCUGAGACGACAAAACCUUUUCAUUCAGUUUGACGAACUGGACUUGACUGUCUGCUGCUAAUC